UUGGCCAGCAGGAAAGUCACAAGACUCUUGAAAAAAAAUAAAAUAAAAAAAAAAUCCAAUCCGGCAGGCAGGGAAAGCUUGAGACUCCGCUCCUGGGAACAUGAGUGAAUCGUUGGUUGUGUGCGAUGUCGACGGAGAAUUAGUGGAGAAGUUAAGGCAGUUCCGUUUUCGGAAAGAAACCAGCAAUGCUGCCAUUAUAAUGAAGAUUGACAAAGACAAACAGCUGGUCAUCUUGGACGAGGAAUACGAGGACAUUUCUCCAGAUGACCUAAAGGAUGAGCUUCCGGAAAGACAACCCAGGUUCGUUAUUUACAGCUACAAAUACCAGCAUGACGACGGCCGUGUUUCCUACCCUCUGUGCUUCAUCUUCUCCAGCCCAGUCGGGUGCAAACCAGAACAGCAGAUGAUGUACGCAGGGAGCAAGAACAAGCUGGUGAAGACUGUGGAGCUGACGAAGGUGUUUGAAAUCCGGAACACAGAGGACCUGACCGAGGAGUGGCUGCGUGAGAAACUGGGCUUCUUCGGGUAGAGGCUCUGCCCAAGCGGGGCGGGGCAAAGUGGAAGCACUUGUUGCUGCACUGCCGGCAUCUUUUCAAACUUUUUGUCUGUGCAAACUUCAGAAUCCCCCCCCCCCACAUCAUGAUUGAGAAGAGAGAGAAGAGCUCUGGUACGGCCGGUUUCACAGCCCCUGAUUCGUGCUACCCUUAAACUGCCUGACCUUGGGUAAUGUGGGCUAAUCAGGGCUGUGAAACCAGCCAUCAGAUUUGUAGCUGUGAUGAUGUUUACAGUGCAAACAUGUAUUCUGGCAUUUUAUUCCAUUUUGGUUUCAUAUUUUUUUCUAAAUCGGCCUCAAUAUUUAAAUUUAAAAAAUACCUUUUUUUUUUUUUUUUUAAAUGUAUUUAUUUUUUCAAUUUCAGUUUUAUUUAAUGACUGUUAAACUGGGGUCCAGACCAGCAUGUUGAGAGCGUGGUGCUGUUGUGAUGAUGUCAUGACAUCUGCAAACUGUGGAACCACAGGCACGGAAACACGCUAAGAACAUGCUUUUUACUGUCACUGUGGCAAUAUAAUACGGGGAGAGAAAUGGUGAUCUACCGCAGCCCUUUACAAAUAUUAUCAUCCAUUGCUAUAAGAGAUUACAAUAUUUCUAUUGUUUCCAGAAUUGUGGAAAAAAAUAAUAAUAAUAAUAAUUUGAAAGGCAGGACAGUAAGUUUUUUAGCAAACAGGGUCUUUAAUCACAGCUCUGACGUUUCUUUUAGAAAUGUAUGGGCUUUUCCUUUAGGUCAAACCAUUCAACAAGAAUACAGGGGGAACGGGACAUUAAAGAAUUCAACAAUGCUCAAGUAAUAAACAAAUACAUGUACAAUACAAAAUAAACCUACCUUUGAACGAAUGAAUUCUCCCUCAGUAGUUCCAUGUAGUCCCCAAAGGAAUGCCCAGGAUUGAGAGGAGAGAGGGGGGUAGCAGGUCUGUGCUUGGAGGGUGAUAUGAGAAUGUUUAGCCCCAGCACCAGGGCAGUCAAGAUCACGCUAAACAGAAGCUCUCUUCUGCUCUUCCAAGCUAUUGAUCAGUAGAACAGGAGAUCUGUUCUGGAAGAACACAUUCUUUCCCUUGAAUUACUUCCUCAUAAAAAUAGUGUCAUUUUGAGGGCAAUGAGUUCUUAUUAGUAUUGUUCAUGAGGUGGGGUUUAGGUGCAUGCUCUGACAUUCAAAUGCAUGCCCUCCACAUUCAGCACAGCACAGUCGAACCAAGCCACUCCCUGUGUUCUGAGUGCACAUAGACCUCAUAGCUUAGCAAUAGUGCAUGCUGGAAGUUUGAAACCCUUAAGAGUAUUUUUUGCAAAAAUCCUCAACCCUAAGGGGCUGGUUGUAAACAUGAUAAAUAAUACUUUUCAUCUUCA